GGCGGCAGUGGCGGGCGGCUGCAGGCAGGCGCCAGGCGGGCGGCGGUGGCGGACUGAUGGGCCGCAGGGGGAGGGGCGGAGGGCAGCUGGGCAGCAGGGGUGGCCGCCGGGCACCGGUGGGCGCCCUGGAGCCGAGGCGGCACGCACGGUGACUAGGCCUGAUGGUGUCGGCAGCACCGCAGCGGCGCAGCAGGCAGCUCGCACGCGUGGUGCACGGCUGGGGCCGGCGCAUCCAGGCUGGCGUAUCUUCAAUUCCUCAUACUCAAAACUAGACAAUUGCUAAGGUCUGAAACAUGAAGAGGAAGAAGGGGGGUAGUGCUGCUGCAAAGAAGAAGCAGUCUGAACCAGAAAACGUUCUUCCAUCUACCAAUCAAAGUCAGAUGCAAUUGGUAGUAUUUCAAGAGCACAGUGGCACUGGAACAAGCGCAGAACCACCUGAACCAGUGAGAGGUGAGCAAGGCCAGCAAGCCGAGACCCCAAUAAUAGAAGAUGAUGAAUCUAUGUCUGUGGAUGAAACUGAACCCAGUGAUGGAGACAAUGAUGACUAUAGCAUUGAGCAUGAUCCUGGAUUGAGGGCUCCUAUCUCAAGCUAUGAUGUCAAUGGCCAAGAUUCAGUUAGAAGGGCAUACAUUGCAUUAGGGCCAUGUCAACCAAAGAUGAAUAGGGAGGAUUUUCCGCAACAUGAUUGUGGAGAUAGCUGUAAAUUUGCUGGUGGAGAUGCUUUUGUUGAUGGAGGGUUUCAAAAUUGGAAUAUGAAAGUCAGAAUCAACAGGAAUGCCGGUAAGAUCGAUAGUGCUCAUAGUGAAGCUGAAGAGAAAUACAAUAUGUUCAUGAGAACUUUUCAUGGUCAUGAUGAGACAAAGGCAUCAAACAAUGCAGCGAACUUCAGGGAACUUUUGGCAUGGUUGGCAGGGAAUUUUGAAGAAGUUAAUAAGGUGGUUCUAGAAAAUGCUCCACAAAAUGGUCAAAUUAUAGACCACAAGAUUCAAAAAUAGCUCAUUGCUUCUUGUGCUCAUGAAACAACCAAAUUUAUCAUAGAGGAACUUGGUGAUGAGUGUUUUGCAAUUGUUGCCGAUGAAUCCAGUGAUGCAUACCAACAAGAGCAAUUAGCUAUUGUCUUGCGUUUUGUCAAUAAAAUAGGAGAGCCGGUUGAGCGGUUUCUUGGCCUUGUCCAUGUUGAAGAUACUACAUCAUUGACUCUGAAAGAAGCAAUCAAGUCCUUGCUUACGAAAUAUCAAUUGGCCCUAUCUAAGGUACGUGGGCAAGGAUAUGAUGGAGCUAGUAAUAUGAAGGGUCAUGUUAAUGGCUUGAAGAAACAAAUUAUGGAUGAGUCUCCUUCAGCUUAUUAUGUCCAUUGCUUCGCCCAUGAACUUCAACUAACCCUUGUAGCUGUUGCUAAGGAGAAUAUUGAUUGCACCUGGUUCUUUGGGCAGCUUGCAUAUUUGUUGAAUGUUUUAGGGAUGUCUUGUAAGAAGAUCUGCAUGCUUCGCGUGGCUCAAGCUGAGUAUAUGAUUGAAGCAUUGAUAUUGGAUGGAAUUGAAACUGGGCAAGGGAUGAAUCAAGAGAUGGGCUUAGCAAGGCCAGGUGAUACACGUUGGGGAUCUUCACUACAGAACUGUAAUGCAUGUUAUGGCUUUGUAUCCCUCAAUAAGAAAAGUUCUCUUCAAAGUUGGGAAUGAAAAAUAGUAGUGCUACUGAAGCUAUUGGAGCUCAAACCAUGUUGAUAGUAUUUAAGUCAUUUGAGUUUGAUUUCCUGCUGCACUUGAUGAAUGAAAAAUUUGGAUACACAAAUAACUUAUGCAAUGCUUUGCAAAAGAGGGAGCAGGAUAUCGUAAAUGCUAUGGAUCUUCUUGAGUUCACAAAGGUAGAAUUGAAUGUUUUGAGAGAAGAUGCUGGAUGGGAGGAAUUUCUCAAGAAGGUCACUUCUUUUUGUGAGAAGCACAAUGUUAAAGUUGUUCAUAUGAAUGGGAAGUAUGUUCCUAUGCAAAGAUCAAAGCAGUUCUUUAGAGGUGCCGUCAAUUACCACAGGUUUCAUGCUGGAAUAUUUUUGGGUAUCAUUGAUAGGCAAGUCCAGGACCUUAAUAAUAGGUUUGAUGAGGUAAACACUCAAUUACUUAGAUGCAUGGCAUCAUUCAAUCCAGCGAAUUCCUUUCAUACUUUUAAUAUUGAGAACUUGGUUAAGCUUGCUGGAUUCUAUCCUCAUGACUUUGGAGUUGAAGAAAUGAACCAACUCUCCUUUCAACUGAACCACUAUAUUAAUGAUGUGAGGAAUGAUGAAGACUUCACAAACUUGAGAAGUCUAGCAGAGCUGUCCAUAAUGCUAGUUAAAACAAGCAAGGUUUCUCGGUAUGACCUUGUUUACAAACUUCUCAAAUUGGCGCUAGUUCUUGCAACAGCUGGUGUUGAAAGGAUCUUUUCUAUAAUGAACUUGAUAAAAAAACAAGCGAAGAAGUAAGAUGGGGCAAAAAUAUUUGAAUGGUUGCUUGGUUACAUUCAUUGAAAGGAAGUUCUCCUUCUUCUUGCAAGCUAAGGAUGGGGACAUCAUCUCCUAUUUUCAGAGCAUGAAAGACUGGAAAGUUAUCCCUUGUAAGCUUUUUUAUCAAUCUUAUUUUCUGUUUUCCUUUACGAACCGGUGCACCCUGUAUAUAUUUAAGAUGUUGUCCCUUGCCAUGUUUAUUAUUUAGCACAUCUAUGACUAUAUCUA